AUGAAUCGUUUUAGUGAUAUUGAUUGUUCAUUUAAAGAAUUAAAACCUGUUUAUGGUUAUCGUAGUCAAAAACUUGUUACAAUUGAAAAAGCAUUAGAAUUAAUUCAAUCUCGAAUUGAUGAAUUACCAUAUUUUAUUAAAAUAGCAAAAAAAUAUUGUCAUUAUCCAUCAGAACAUGGUUUAACACAUGAUGAAUCAGCAUCAAUUUAUAUUUAUACAAUGGAAUGGGGUGAACAAACUUUAUAUCGUGUUUUAAAUCAAACUUUAAGAAAUGAAAAUAGACAUUUAUUAAAAGUAUGGUUUCCUUAUUUGAAAUUAUUUGAUACAGCAUUAAAUAAAAUACCAACUGUAAAAGAAACUGUAUGGAGAGGUAUUCCUGAGGAUAUUGGAAAAGGUUUUCAUGAAAAUGACACAAUAAUAUGGUGGAGUAUUAGUUCAUGCUCAUCAAAAGUUAAUGUUAUCAAAGGAUUUCUUGGAAAUGAGAAAAAUUCUACGACGUUUUUAAUUGAAGCAUUGAAUGGUAAAAAAGUAUCUGGUUAUACAGCACAUGAAAGUGAAGAUGAAAUCAUUUUAAGAAUGGGAACAGAAUUUCGUGUAAAAAGUAAUGCAUUAGAUCAUCCAAACGGAUCAUAUCUUGUUCAUUUAAUUGAAAUUAAUGAUGAUAAUAAUCAUACAAAAUUAGCAUUAUCGGUCAAUCAAAUACAAUUAUCAACAAUAACAACAAACCAAAUAAGCUCAACUGAUAUUCUUCAACAUAUAUUCUAUGAUGCUGUUUGUUUCGUAUUACAAACUUCUGACGAAAAAAAUAUCACACUUGCUAAAGCCAAAGGUAUAUGGGCAACAUCGCAACUCAAUCAACAGAAACUAAAUCGAGCUUUUGAAGAUUACCGAAAUGUAAUUUUAUUUCUUUCUGUUACUAAAAGCGAACGAUUUCAAGGAAUUGCUCGUUUAUCUUGUCAAUCACGACAUACCAAUGAAAAAGUUGUUUGGAUUUUUCAAGAAGGCAAGAAGGAUGUUUCAAAUGUUUUUCAUAUCGAUUGGAUACCAUGCGAACCGUUACGAUUUUGUAACAUCGAACAUUUAUUGAAUUCGUUAAAUGAGAAUAAACCGGUUACAAUGAGUAGCGACGGUCAGGAAAUUGAACUAGAUUGUGCCAAAGCGUUAUGUCGUUUAUUUCGAUCGGAUCUGAAUAUUGAUAUUAUGCCAAUAGUAACAAAAGCUAUAAGCCAUAAUGACAACAUGAAAGCAGAUAAACAUAAAACAAAUACAUGUGAUCAAAACAGUGUUCUACGUAUAGAAUGUCGAAACGAAGCUUUGGCUGAAGCGGACGAAUCGAAUGACAUACAGCUUAAACAGGAGGAAUCUGAAAGCACGUACGAUACAGACAGUAUUGCUAGUGAAUCUGUUGCUGACGAUUUAAAUGAUACAAUAUUGUUAAGAAAGAAUGCGAUUUUUAUCAGUGGUCUACCAUCGACUAUGCCGAAGCAACUUCUGUUCGAUACACUAUAUGAUGAAUUUUGCACUGUUGGUCGAAUUAAAAUUGAUAAACAAACAAAGAAACCAUCCAUCUUUCUACUUAAAAGUAAAAGGAAUAAUGCUCAACUGAGUGGUAAUGCAGUGAUCACAUUCGAAAACGGAAAAGCAGUAGCUGAAGCAAUUAAAAAAUAUAACCAAAUGCGUGUAACGUCGUUAAAUAAUGCUCGAAUUGGUGUGAAACAGUCGGAAAUGAAGCCUCAUGCAUUACGACAACGACAGCUAGAACUAGUACUACCAUUAUCAAACCUAGAACGCAACCAGGAGAAAUCUGAAAACACAGAUGAUACAGAUAGUAUUGCUGGUGAAUCUGUUGUUGAUGAAUCUGUUGCUGGCGAUUUAAAUAAUGCAGUAUUGCUAAGAAAGAAUGCGAUAUUUAUCAGUGGUUUACCAUCAACUAUGAUAGAGCAGCUUCUGUUCGAUACACUAUGGGAUGAAUUUUCUACUGUUGGUUCAAUUAAAAUUGAUAAACAAACAAAGAAACCAUCCAUCUCUGUACUUAAAAGCAAAAGGAAUAAUGCUCAACUAAGUAUUUUUGCAGAGAUCACAUUUGAAAACGGAGAAGCAGUAGCAGAAGCAAUUAAAAAAUAUAACCAAAUGCGUGUAACGUCGUUAAAUAAUGCUCGACUUGGUGUAAAACGGUCAGAAAUGAAACCUGGUGCAUCACGACAACGACAGCUAGAACUAGUGCUACCAUUGUCAAGUGAGCAUUUGUAG